AUGGGAAGAAAACGUGUGAAGCGUUCACAGCUUUCUGGCGGUCAUGGCGCUGGGUCCGACGAUGCGCUGGUACAGCGUCAGCUCCGGGUCGAGGGCACUGCCGGUGUUCUCAAGUUCCAGAGCAGCGAUGCACAGUACGCGCUGGCCUCCUGGUGGCUUACACAGUGGAAACAGGUCACGCGUAGCAAGCUGGACGCAAAAGGAGGUAACGCGCGAGACUCGAUUCUAGAAAAACUGUGCAAACUGGCAAACGCGGAGCACCUGUGGGAGCAGCCACCGCUCGAGACGUCCGUCAGUGCCGCGGACUGGGGUUCGCUCUUUUCCCAGAUGAAGAACGAUCCAAAAUACUUUUCCUCAAGCGUGUAUACGGCGCUAAGUAUGUGGAUGCAGCGAGCAAUGACGCGAACAAAGGCGGCCGAUUCGAGCGAGCUUGCGACGCUCGUCGAGACACUGACUUGUUGGGCGACCUGCGACGCACGCGCUCUGGUUCCUCUGCUUGCGUACUUUGCAGGCACCGCAGUGGAUGCUACUGACGACCGGCUCCAGCAUGAGCUACGUGAACGCAGUUGGUCGAUCCUAACAGCGGACACGUCGAGCAUGGCCGAGCGACUCCUUGCCACCGAGGCCCUGAGCAUGCUCGCCAUCGCGGAUCCCAGUGCCUUGUUGUACAGGGCGUUGGAUGCUCUUCAUGAACUGGAGGAGCGUGCCCUGAGUCGGUGCUCUGAAACCCCCGAAGCGCCCAGACAUGACACAGAUGAUGCCGAGGCGGCGUUCACAGUCGCGAUCAUGCUCAGGGACAGGCAUCGCGCCCUGAGCAGGUUGGUCGCCCAGCUGCUUCGGCACUGGCAUCGACUAUCCGAGGCACCGUUGCACCUGCCCGCACGGCACCUGUCCUUCAGGGCUAUCAGCGAGGAUAGCAUCAACGUUUACAAUGACGUCAAUGGUGCGCUGCCGCUGCCACUGGAGCUAUGGCUGCAUGUACGCCCAGCAUGGCAUCAGGAUAUCCUCCUGAUCUGGGAGGCAUCCUUGGAAAGGUUCGGCGUUGCAACGCUUCCCGUGGUAACCAAGUGGCUCACCGACGCGGUGCGCUGUUGCCCAGGGAGCUCCGCAUUGCACCGCCUGCUUUACCAGGCGUGUUGCCGAGUCGGGAUCGCUGCAGCACCGUCUGUGGAACGCUACUUGGUGACGUAUGUGGCAAAGCGUCUUACGAAUCUGAAUGAGAGCGCAAGCUCCCAGACGAGCUGGUGCAAGCUCAUCAUCGCCGUUUAUCGAUCCCCAGCAGCGUGUGCGAUGCUAUCGUCGGGUAUCACGCAGGCGUUGGCAGAGGCGCUUCGCGUUCUCCUUUCCCAGAAUGACGUCGCUUUUAGGGAGCAGAAGACCUGGGCGGCACGAGCACUUGUCGUGAUGGCGGGUACAGCGCGGGAUGCACACGCGCUGGAAUGGGUUGCCCGCCGCAUCCAGCGCGAUAGAGCGUUGCGGCACGAGGCAGGGGCGCUUUUCGAGGCGCUCUCGCAUCCACGCGGCUUUCCGCUCGAGUCGUUUGCAACACAGUCGAUUUUACUCGAUGCAAAGCACCAGAACGGGGAGCAAGAGGCUAAGCGGAGACCCGCUCACGGGCUGCGUUCCACUCCGGCGCUGCCUGCAAGUCGCGGCGGGGCGCAUACCGACGAGCCGGACUGGCGUUUGCAGGUCCCGGGCCAGUCGGACUCGGUGCGUACCCGGCCAACCGCGGAUGCCGCUCUAGCGUCAGACCAGAGCAGCGACCUGAAGGCGGCGGCAUUGCUCGAUGCGACUCCGUCGUCCGCACAAGGCGAGAAUCCUCUGCACCCGGAGACGCUUUUCGCGAGCGUGCGCCAGCCGACCCGAACAGAGGUACCAGCGGUGCAGGUAUCAUGUGCGGUAGACGAGAAUUUGUAUGAUCAGGGGAGCAUGGCGUUGUGCGGCAGCGAGCCGCUGAGGUCAACGUCGGAUACACUGGAGGACCACGAUGGUGCGAGCGACAGCGCUUCGGCGUCGUCGAUCGAAGCGCUCGUUCAGCGGGUUGUGGAUGCAAGCCCGUCACCCAGCCCUAGCUCAGAGCAAUGGAGCAGUGACGACGAUUCCGAGGCAUCCUCCUGUUCCUGA